CUUUUCUCUAAGUUAUUCUUCUAGACAGACCCCACCAAAAAUGGCUGAUUCAGGUACAGCUACAAUAAGAACACGCAACUUUAUUACCAAUCGGCUUUUGCGCAGAAGGCAAUUUGUGGUUGAUGUUCUUCAUCCUGGUCGUGCUAAUGUAUCAAAAGAUGAACUUCGCGAAAAGUUAGCCACAAUGUAUAAAUGUGACAAAGAGAUUAUUUUUGUUUUCGGGUUUCGUACCGUUUUUGGUGGUGGUCGUUCAACUGGUUUUGGCUUGAUUUAUGAAGAUAUUGAACAUGCAAAAAAAUUUGAACCAAAAUAUAGGCUUGUUAGGCAAAAACUUGCAGAAUCCGAGAAAACCGCUCGUAAACAACGUAAAGAGCGAAAGAAUCGUGCCAAGAAAUUCCGUGGUACCAAGAAGACAAAAGCUACUACUAAGAAAGAAAAGUAAAUCGAGCAAUAACUACAAAUCUCUAUCACAUGAGAGCGAGUACUAUAUUAAUAAUUUUAAUCAUUCGACAAGUCAUAUUAAAUUAAUCCUCUUGACUAGAAAAAAUAUAUAUAGCUUUAUAUAUGACAAUCUAAAAUUAAAGGGAAUUAAUUAUAUUUGAGCACAUAUUAUUGUUUUAACGUAAAAAUUUUCAUUUUAAAAAUUCCGUAUUCAAUAUCAUUAAAAAAAAAAUAUGUAUUUUAAAGCAAU